CAUCGGUCUUCUAUGCUUUCUUGGAGGACUCAUUUACAGAGAGAUUCAUGGACCUUGAGGAGUGACUUUAGAUGAAGAAAGCUCUUCAGAGGCUGGAUGAUCUUCGUGACAUUUGAACAGUUCAAUGGAGACCUUGAGAGUGGAGGUGAACAUGUCUGUGGAUGAAGGGGCAGCAAAGGCCCCAGGACUGCAGAAGGGAGAGCAAAACACUCCUACCAUCAAAUUGUGGACAGAUCUGGGGGAAACAAAAGCCCCACAGCUUGUAUGCAUCAAGGGGAUUGGAGAAUCACAAGCUACGGUCUAUCCACAGCAGGUGAAACAUGAACCAGAAGAGGAGCUUCAGGAACGCUGGGAAGCCCAGUGGCAGGAGUUCCUUAAGACGUUGCAGGCCCCUCACUCAGGAUGGGGGAAUCAUCAGGUAUCAGAGGGGCCCUCCCCAUGGGAGGAUGCUAAGGCCUUCCUGGCCUCCUUUGAGCAAGUAGCCUCAGCCUGCCGGUGGCCUCUGGACAAGUGGGUGACCCUGCUCUUGCCGGCCCUCAGCGGAGAGGCCCAGCAGGCCUUCAGCAGCCUCAGUGCCCAGGACAGGGGAGACUACGGGAAGGUGAAGGCGGCCAUCUUGCAAGGAGAGUCCACUUUGAGGGAGAAGCAGCGCCAGCACUUCAGGCAGUUCUGCUACCAGGAAGUGGAGGGGCCCAGAGGCGUUUACGGCCGGCUGAGGGAACUUUGCCGCCAGUGGCUGAGAGCGGAGAGACACACCAAGGAGGAGAUCUUGGAGCUGCUGAUCCUGGAGCAGUUCCUGACCAUCCUGCCCCAGGAUAUGGAGAGCUGGGUGAGGGAAAAGGGCCCAGAGUCCUGCACCCAGGCGGUGGUUCUGGCAGAGAAUUUCCUGCUACAGCAGAACACGGUGAAACAGGAAGGAGAGGUGAGGGGAGUUCGAUGAGGGUCAUACUGCUGGUCCUGGAAUGUGGAUUCAGGAGAGAGCUGAUGCUUUAGCAUUUGUAUUUUUUGACAGUCAACAAUUCUGUGGUUCCCUGUUGUCUGAAGUGUGUCACUGUCCCAGAAAAGACACCCAUCCUCUCUGAUUUUAAUGGCUUAGCAAGAGAGGGCAGGAGAUAGAUUAUUGUGACAAGAGAUAAGAGCAGCACUAGCUUCUUCUGCUUUGUGCCACAGUGUCCCACCUAGGAGAGGAAUGCAUCCCAGGCCAGCCCACCUGGCUGUGCCCCUGCAGGGGUGUCCAUGUCUCCUGCCUGGGGUCCAGAAAUCUAGAGCUGAGGAGGAGAUGGGAAGUACUAGCAUGUCUGGGAGCAUCUUCUGUCCUGAAUGGUUUUUCUGAUUGCUGUUUCAGGGGCUGUGGCCCUUGGGUGUGGAACUGGCUGUGAAUCACUCCGAGGCAGGCUUGGCUCCACCACCAGAGGCCUGGGAAAGGCAGUCAUUCAAGGAGCUCAAGCAGGAGCAAGAUGAAGAGGCAAGCUUGUUUGGUAAGGAUUCAUUGUAAUCUAAUUGCUGAAUGUUAACACGCUGGGGGUGAAGACUCAUUCCUAUUUCUGUAGCAGAGUCCCUGUCUCCAGCAUUCUAGAGCUACCUGAUGAGCAUAAAAGGGGAGCUUUUUAACGACUGACCAGAAUUUGAUGGCUUUGUUGAUCUGGGCCAUGACUCAGUGGCAGAAUUUCUGCUGUACAUCAGAAGUUCUCAGGUUCAGUUCCCAGCAUUGCUACAUACCACAAGCUAGCUAUGCAAGUGUUUGGAUUUUGUUCAGAUUAAGGUCUUUUCUGAAAUAAAAAUUGAUUCAAUUUAGACUAUACAGUCAUACCUUGGGUUACAGACGCUUCAGGUUGCACGUUUUCAGGUUGCACACCGCGCCGAACCCGGAAGUACUGGAACAGGUUACUUCUGGGUUUUGGCGCUCACACAUGCGCAGAAGUGCUAAAUUGCUCUUUGCGCAUGCGCAGAAGCGCUGAAUCGCAACCUGCGCAUGCACAGAUGCGGCGCUGUGGGUUGCGAACACUGCGGGUUGCGAACGUGUCUCCCACAUGGAUUACAUUCGCAACCCGAGCGUCCACUGUAGAACCCUUUGUAAUAAUAGUCCAUACAUCCUUCCCUUCUUAGUAUGUUUUGUUAUUGACUCAGUAAAUCACACACUUCUUUACUGGCAAUUGUGAUUUUUAAAUCAAUUUUUAUUCCAUUUAUUCCCCUGUAACCUGUUGUUGUGAUUAUUACUUCGAUUUAUAUACUCCCCAUUAUCAAAAGAUCAUUUUUUUUAAAAGUAAUAUUUAUUAGGAGUUUAAAAGUUAAAAAAAAAAGAGUUAAACAAAGCAAAACAAUACAAUACAAUACCUAAAAAACAAAAAAACACUGCUUAUCUUAACAAAACAAAAACAAGAACAAAAACAAAAUCAAUUAAAAACACAUCCAAUAUUUCCAUAUCUUGUCUUUCAUUUACUUGUUUCAACGACCUCCUCACACCUCCCUUUUUUGUAUUCUAGUUCAGUUAGCUAUUUCAGCAAAUCCUUUCCAUCUUUCUCAGUUUUUGUCCUAUAAUUUAUCUUAACACAAUCUAACCUUAUUUUCCCCCUUUAGCCCAUUAACAGUCUAUUUUUACUUAAUUCUUUAUAACAUUUCUGCUAAAGCCAUAUAACUUCAUUCCAGCAUCCUUCUAACAUUCAUUAAUUUUACAGUGUUUCUGUAAAUAGUCUUUAAAUUUUUUCCAAUCUUCUUCCUUUUUUUUAUAUAUAUAAAUUUUUAUUGGUUUUACAAAAUUUUUAAAACAAUACAAACAUAUAAAAAGACAUACAAACACGUAUAGUUUCAUGACCUUUUUUUCAUAAACCUUCUUUCUCGGACUCCCCCAUACCUCCCCUUUCUGCAUCCCAAUGUCCAAAAUUUUCCAGCAACUUCUAAAUAGUUCUGUCAAACAUAUGUCUUCUUGAUCUUUCCUUCAGUCUAAUCUUAUAUCGCUGUAACCCUUUCUUUCUCAAAACCUCGACAUUCUAACAUUCAUCAAGUUUAUAAUAGUCCUUAAGAUAGAUUUUAAAUUUCUUCCAUUCUUCUUCCGCCGUCUCCUUCCCCUGGUCGCAGAUUCUGCCAGUCAUCUCAGCCAGUGUCAUAUAGUCCAUCACUUUCAUCUGCCAUUCUUCCAGAGUGGGUAAGUCUUGUUUUUCCAAUCUUCUUCCACCGACUCUUCUCCCUGGUCUCGGAUUCUGCCAGUCAUUUCCGCCAGUUCCAUGCAGUCCAUCAGCUUCAUCUGCCAUUCUUCCUGGGUGGGUCCAUUAUCAAAAGAUCCUAGGACGGUGUACAACAUUAAGAACACAUUUUACAGAACAUCAAUAAUAAAAGCAUUAUUAAAACUCAAUAAAAAGCAUAACAACAGACAGUAUAAUACUAAAAGAAACAUAAUAGCAGGCCCCCCUCUCCCUGGUUUAACAGGCCGCAGAUUAUUUAAAGGCCAGAUGCCUGGGUAAAGAUGAAUGGUUUUUCCUGGUGCCUAAAGACAAAUAAUGUUGUUGCCAGGUGAGCCUUUCUGGAGAGAGCAUUCCACAGUCAGGGAGUCAUUAUUAAAAUGCAAUAAACAAUUACUUAUACAAGACAUGUGGCUCUGUUUAUUCCUGCAGGUGACGGGCAGGUGUAUGAGAACCAACUUGAUAAUCUUCAGCAGGGUGAUUCUGAGGAACCAGCAGAUGCAUCACUGCAAGGAGAUGACAUCUUCCGUUAUUGCAAAGAGGGAAAAAGCCUUGGGAGUCAGGAGGGACUGGAGAGCAAGUGGAGAACCAAACCUGAGAAGUGCUCAGAUGAAGCCGUUCCUGUCCAUGAAGGUAACUUAGAUCAGGAGGAAACCGGAGCCCACCCCAAAAUCCACCGCUGUCAUUGUGGAAAAAGUUUCCGUUGGAGCUCAAAUUUCAGGGUCCACGAGAGAAUCCACACUGGAGAGAAGCCGUAUAAAUGUGCCGAAUGUGGGAUGAGUUUCCGUAAAUCUGCACAGCUCAAGGCCCACGAGGGAAUCCACACUGGGGAGGUGCCCUUCCGGUGUUCCAUGUGCCAGAAGAGUUUUACAAGUGGCUCAAACCUCGUUGCCCACGAGAGGAUUCACACUGGAGAGAAACCGUACAGGUGUACGCACUGCGGGAAAAGUUUCCGCCAGAAAGGCACCCUCACGACACACGAGAAAAUCCACAUCGGAGAGAAACCUUUCAAAUGCUCGAUCUGCGGGAAGAAUUUCCGUCAGAAGGGCACGUUGACGACGCACGAAAAGAUCCACCUGGGACAGAAGCCAUAUAAGUGCUCCGAGUGCGGGAAGAACUUCCGGACCUCUGCGGACCUGAGGGUCCAUGAAAGGAUUCACACUGGAGUGAAACCAUAUCAGUGUGCCGUGUGCCAAAAAAGUUUCACCGACGGCUCAAACCUCAUUACCCACGAGCGAAUCCACACAGGAGUGAAACCAUAUCGGUGUGGGCGCUGUGGGAAGAGCUUCUGCCAGAAGUCAGGCCUUAUGACACACGAACGAGUUCACACCGGGGUCCUCCCUUACAAGCGCCCGGCUUGUCGGAAGGGUUUGGCCGGUGGCGCAAGUGGAAGUUCGUGUCAGGAAACGAAUCCCGGAGACAAAUUGCAUAUGAGUGCUGAUUGUGGGGAGGGCUUCAGUGACAUAGGGCAUGUGAGAAGAGAAGAGCCAAACAUCAGAGAACAGCCGUAUGGGCUAUUGGAAAAGAGUUCGGAUGGAGCAUCGUCCUUCUGACACUAGAGAGAAUCCAGAACGCAGGGAAGCCAUUUGUGUCGAGACCGUGGUGGGGAGCCUUUGGCCCUGCAGAUACUGCUGAACUACAAAUCCCAUCAUCCAUGCCAACUGGGUGUGGCGUUGGAGUCCUGCAACAUCCAAAGGACCACAGGUUCCUCACUACUAUGUUAAGGCUUUGUUAAAGGGUUAGGACAGCCUUCCCAACCCAGCACUCUGUAGAUUAAACUCCAUUCAGCCCCAGCAACCAUGGGCAAGAGUUGGGGAUGAUGGGAGUUGUGACCCAAGAACUUCCAGAGGGCACCAGGCUGUGGAAGCCUGGCCAGUAAGGCAGGGUUGGGAAACUUGUGGCCUUUUAGAUGGUGUUAGACUACAGACUUCCCUCUGCCCCAGCCAAUAGAGGUGGCCUGGAGAGCCCACAGGUUAACGCCUUCCUGCCACAAGUAUUUGGAGCUUGGCUAUGAGAUAAGUUGCAUCAGUGCUCUGACUUUGGAAGAAGCUCCCAAUGGACAGCUGAUGCUGAGGAAGCCUGAAGAUGAGUAUCUGAUCUUCAUAAAACUCACAGUAAAUCCCCAAAGAUUGGAGCCCUUAAACCCACACAGAGUGGGUCUGCUUUAGUCAGACUACAGAAUUUUCUGAAUGUUUACACAAGAGAGGAACUUUUAUAUUAAAAAAAGUGACUAAAGUUCAGUGAGAAGCUUGCAUGCUAGUGAUAGGACAAUGUACUUUUGGUAGGACUGGGAAGAAGUGUUGACUGUGACUAACAUUUUCAAGUUUCCAAUUCAUGUAUUAUUGUCUCAAUAGGGAAUUGUGUGCAAUU